UUAGUUUAAAAUUUUUAUAUUUUCUUAAUUUCUAAUAAACUUAUUAUUCUUAAAAAGAACUACAUAAGAAGAGAGAAAUUAUCAUUCGAAAAUGUUCACUCGACACAUUCUCAGCAAAGUCCAACGUACAAAUCGCAUUCCCAAGUGCAACAAAUCCACUUCAUCCUGGAAGUUUCCCGAACUGAACGCGAAACUCCUUUGCGAUUCGAUCGACCAGGAGAAGAUCGAAGAAAACAUUCUACGCAGAAAAGGCGUGGGAAAUAUAAAAUUAGUGCGCGAGUUAACCAAUCAAUUAGAACGCAAACAAACCGGUACUGAAGACUUCGAAGCACUCCGAACACAACUCGCCCAAGAACUGUUAAAAAUCCCCAAUCGAACGCACCCCGACGUCUUCGAUUACGGCGACAAACCCAAAUUAGUGAAGCUAGUCAACGAUAAACGAACGUUCACCGAUACUCCGUUAGAAUUCAGCCAAAUAGCGAAAAAAUUGAAAAUGGUAAGGACAGAACACUUGGGCAACGUAUCCGGCAGUAGAAGUUAUUACAUUUUAGGUGAAUUGGCCGAAUUAGAGCAAGCCCUGCUCGAUUAUUUUGUACAUGAACUCAUUCAAUCUGGCUUCGAAUUCGUUUCCGUUCCCGAUAUCCUACCGAGAACGGUAAUCGAACGGUGCGGAAUGACCACGAAGGGCGACAGAAAUCAGGUAUACACGUUGGAUUCGAAGCUCCACGAGCCAGACUUGUGCCUAUCCGGUACCUCCGAAAUGGCCUUGGCUGGAUACCUCGCCGGAGAAACGUUCAAAGAGGCCGAUUUACCGAAAAAACUAGCGGCGCUAAGUCGAUGCUACAGAGCUGAAAUAUCCAGCACUGCGGAGGAAAGGGGAAUAUUCAGAGUUCACGAGUUCACGAAAGUGGAAAUGUUCGUUGUAACCGCUCCGGAAACCUCAGAUGGAGCUCUGGAAGAGAUACGAACGUGGGAAGAAGAGAAAUUUAAAGCUCUCGGCCUCCAUUUUCAAGUGCUCGAUAUGCCCCCGCACGAAUUAGGGGCGCAAGCUUAUAGAAAGUACGACAUCGAAGCCUGGAUGCCCGGCAGGGGGAUGUACGGGGAGAUUUCCAGUUGUAGUAAUUGCACCGAUUACCAAUCGAGAAGGUUGGAUAUUAAAUACGAAAGAAAGGAUGGUAAAUUGGAUUACGUACAUACUUUAAACGGUACUGCUUGUGCUAUUCCGAGGCUUUUAAUAGCUUUGGUGGAAAACGGGCAAAACCAGAAAGGUUUCAUCGAAUUGCCAGAUAUUAUCCAGGAUUAUAUGCGAGGAAAGAGAUCCAUAUCGAAGCAGAAAAGUAUACCCGAGUUGAAAUUAAUAAAGAACAAAAAAUAGGCGUAUUUUCAAAUUAUUUUUCGUAUUUAUUGUUUUAACACCUUAUACGUACAUAACUUACAUUUAGAAUAAUUUAAUUUAUUUAACAGUAAGAGGUAAACGUAAAUCUAGAAUCUUAAUUAACGGGAAAAAUAGACGUAAUUUUAUGGUAUAUUUACAGGUAUGUACACGUUAAAUUAUCGUUUAAUGGAAAAAUUGUGGUUACCGAUGAGUUUGGGAUUCCCCCAUCGGUGUUUUUUUUGACACAUAGAUUUACAGGGUGGUCCGUAAGUAAUGACACAAACUGAAAUGGAAGUUUCUCUACCUCAAAAUAUCUUUUUUAUUUCCAGUAUUUUACUAAAGCAAGUUGGCUCAGAUCGAAAUAUUUUGAGCUCGGGAAUCUUCCAUUUCAGUCAUUUGGGCCAUUACUUAAGGACCACCCUGUAUAUAUCGCUUGUAAAUCGUGCUCACGGGAUACAAACAUUUCGGCUAAUUACAAUUAGUGCAUAGAGUCUUUAUUAAUUCUUUUUUCUGUUCUAAUAAAAUCGAUGUCGCGCCACAUUUACAACCUAUCUGGUACUUUUUAAAUUAGAAGUCUCGAUAGGUGGAAUCACAGCCGAAAUGGGCUGUUUGACUAGAGGAAUCCGGGCCAGAUGCUUCAUCUGUCUAUUUGUCAGUACAGCCGUUUCUUUUUUCUCGCUAUAUUUCCAGAUUCCCGCGCUUUAUUUAAGCAGUUUCCUCGAUAAAUCGAUGAAAAAACCGAUUAAAUACAAGCUAAAUCUGUAAUUACUUUAGACGAAAACGCUAAGCGAAGACCAGAGCUUUACUUUAACCAAGAAUUUUGGGACUUGGGACACUUUGGGACAUGAUGAUUAGGUUCUAGGAAGCUUUGGGUCUUGCUUAGGAAACGUUUUCGAAGGAAGAGCUUUGCAAUCCCUUAAAGCGAGCAAUCUUAGCCUAUAAUACUCCUAAUUAACUGCUUACUCUCGACAAUAACAAGCUUUUCAAGCGU